UUUUAGUCAAUUGUCUUAAAAACUGUAUAAUUUACAAUUAAAUUCUGAUGAAUUUGGAAGGACCAUUAAAUUAAUGAGUUCUGAAAAUAUUAUUAAGUCGAAAACGUUGUUAAGUCACAUAGAAAUGAAUUGUUGAGAGAGAUCAUCAUCACCUACAUAUUUUCUAUUUGUAACUGCUGUGGUGCCUUUAAAGCUUCAGAAUUUUAUCUAUCAUUUCGUAAAGAAACAUUCAUUUUAUUUGCUUAGGCCAGAAGGAAGAUAUUAGAGCUCCAUUAAAUAAUUUUAUUAGUUAAUUUGUUAGAUUCCGCUAGAUGGCUAGAUUGUUCCCUUCUCUCUCUCUCAUGUGAAGUGAAGAAAUCAACAACAUUCAACUUGUGUUGAUAAAUGGAACUUGUAAAGUUGUUAAAUUUGUGAUAAUUGAACUGUAUCUGCUCAUUGAUAAUAACUCAGUACUGAAAAAGUUCUCAUACAAGAAGCACGAUUAAAAUUUCAUUGUCUCGCAAUACAAAAUAAGUAGCAUAACGUUGAUUAAAACCACGUCAGAAUUUCUUUUCUUUAUCAUCUUAAUAAAUUCAAACUAAGAAAUGUUUAAAUUAUUGAUUGCUAUCUGUUUUAUUGCUAUGACGUGUUCUGCAACGCCUGAGGAAGAACUUCACGGUGUAAAAUAUGCAAACCAUUGUGAGGCUUGUAAAAUAUUAGCAACGGAGCUACAGGAAAGGUUAUCAGUAACAGGAAAAACUCAUGAAGUUUUGGAAUUUGGUUAUUCUCUUGACGAUGUAAAACCUAAGAAGAAAAAAGAAUACAAAAAGAGUGAAACAAGAUUAAUUGAAUCACUUGAGGAUGUUUGCGACCAGGUUCUUCAAUAUAACAUUCACAAAGAACGUAAAGACAGUACGAGAUUUGCAAAGGGGAUGUCGGAAACCUUUCAAACUCUUCACGGAUUAGUAAACAAAGGAGUGAAAGUUGAGCUCGGAAUUCCUGAAGAACUUUGGGACAAACCAUCAGCUGAAAUAACUCAAUUGAAAAGUCAAUGUGAAACACUUUUGGAGCGUUACGAACCUGACAUCGAGGAAUGGUAUUUCAACCGACAAGAAGAAGCUCCUCUGAUUGAUUUUUUGUGCCGAGAUCGUGUGCUUGCGAAAAAAGAUUCCGAGUGCCUUUAUGAAGUUUUAAAACCAAAAGGUGAAACUGAUAAAAAAGAAAAAAAAUCAAAGAAAUCUUCCAAAAAAGAUAAAAAAGCCAAAGAAGACGAAGAAGAAGCUUCAAUUCGAAAUGAUGAACUCUAACUUCUUCAUGAACAUUUUUAUUAAGAAUUUUUAAUUCCAGCAACUUUCCUACGAUCAAUCGUCAUUAACUAUAUUUAAAUAAAUAAAGAAGUAGAAGUGUCAUGUGUAACAAACUGCAACUGUACUGAUUGAAUAAAAUUUUUCGAAUAAUGUCUGAAAAAAUUUAA